CAGCAAUUGUGCAGAAAAACGCAACCUCGUGAAACACACACAAAACAAAAAUACUAAUAUAAUAAUCAAGUAGAAGAAACUGUUUUAAAUAGCUAUCGCAAUGUGGUGCAGAACAAAAGUAAAAUGUGAAAUUCACUGAGCUGACGAAUUCACGCACAUUUGUGGUGGUUGCUGACUACUACAAUUGCAUAUGUAUGUAUACACCAUACACAAAUACAUACACAUGAGUUUGCGUAGGAGGUAUCAAAAUAACAACAGCAGCAGCAGCAGCAGUAGCAGCAGCAAUAGCAGUAGCAGCAGCAGCAGCAACAAGGAAGCACUCUUCACCAUAUGUUCGAUGCAUCAAUGUUGCAUCAGUAACCGCGUGCAACAGCUCGUUAACGUUCCAUGGAAAUUCCAGUGCCAAUGUCAAGCAGUCAAUGUCAAGGCGAGCUAACGCUAGCUAAGUAAUUAAUAAUAAACACUCAAUAGGCCCACACACACACACACACACACAUAGCCAUAACCAUAGCCCAUAGUAGCCAGUAGCCAAGUUAAAAGGCAAUACAAAUACAAAUACGGAUACCUCUCACUGUCAGUCAGUCAGAAACAAGUGUCAACACCUACUCACACACACACACACACACACACACAUAUAUAUAUAUAUAUAUAUAUAUAUAUUACACACAAAUCAAAGCAGCAGCCAAGGAAAUAUUGUUAAUCCAAGGGCCCGCUGGAGAGAACGUGCCGCGCACUAUGGGCAAUUGCCUGAAAUGCUUCCAGUCGUCGUCGUCGUCCGCCGCACCAACAACAUUGCCAACAAGCAGCUCAUCUCCGAACGCAUUGCACACAUUGAACGCCAACAGCUGCCAAGCGGCCACCAGCAUUGGCAACUGCUACGAUAUCGUUGGGGUGAAUGCGAACGAACGUUGCGCCAUUUACAACGACAGGCCGCGCGAAACCGAUGAAUUGCUCUCUAAUCGAACUCCACUCAAGCCAGCAAAUAAUUGUGAUACUAAGCGUAAUAGUUUUAAGUCCUUAGGCUUGCUUAAUGGAAGUGCGCCAACCAUGAGCGAAAUUAUAACAACUGCGGUCAAGGAAUCCAUGGAGGUGUCAGAUCAAACGCUAAAUAUACUAUUUGAGAUCUACAAAGAUCCAGAUGAUGAAGAUAUGAUACUCACUGAUGGCAUUGAGCGUUUGUGCAAUGAUCUUAACUAUCAGCCGGACGAGUUUGCAAUACUUGUGCUUGCCUGGUGCCUCGAUGCAUCACAGAUGUGCCGCUUCACCAAAACUGAAUUUAUUGACGGCCUGCACAAGAUGCGGGCGGACACAAUUGCAAGCAUACGCUUAAGACUUGAACAGACUAUUGAGAUGCUUAAGGUUGACUCGGAAAUGUUUAAGCAGCUCUAUCGUUUUACAUUUCGUUUUGGCUUGGAGCCAGAUCAGCGCGUGCUGUCGCUGGAAAUGGCAAUCGAUUUGUGGAAACUAGUGUUCACUGUACAAACACCUGAUCUCUUUUCAAACUGGGUAAUCUUCCUCGAAAAGCAUCCGAACAUACGCCGCAUACCCAAGGAUACAUGGAACAUGUACCUCAAUUUUACUGAACAAUGUGAUAUAGAAAAUUAUGAUGAUACCGAAGCGUGGCCAAGUCUCUUCGAUGACUUUGUCGAAUAUGAAAAGAAUCGUGCACUGGAGGUGACCGUCCACGAUGAUGAUAACAACAAUGAUGAUCCAUUACAGAGCCAUGUCAAGGCCGGCGGCGAUACGCGUCACGUGUCAUAGUUUAAGAUGCAGCCAGUAGCCAAAACAUAUAUAACCGUUUUUAGGGCCAAGCAACGUUCAACUCGCUAAUAGAAAUUUAAAGCAGUACAA